AAAAAACUCCAAUCCGCCCAAUCCGGCGAGGGCGCGCCGGGUUGUAAAAGCGCCCAGCAGGCGUGGCCAGCUUUGCCCAGGAGUGGAUUUCCUGUCCGGGGCAGCGGAGAGCGCCCUGCAAGCCGAAGAGCGCUGCGAUUUCUUUCUCUGCCUCCAACCUUUCUCCUCCGGUUCUGUGUUCGGAUCCGGAAGGGGAGGGGGGGAUCCAGGGGAAGCCGAGCUCAUGGAAAAGCCGAGCCAUUGAAAAGGACAAGCAUUGCAAACGCGCCCUCCCCCCUUUCCUCCUCCCCAUUCUGGAAACUUUACGCAGCAAAAGUCGUUGUGGGUCUUCAGGAAUUGUGGGGCGUGACUGCGUGACGUUGACCCCGGAGGUCCCUUCCGACUCUGUGAUUCUGUGCCAGCUUCUGUAGUAGAGGUCCAAUUCGGCACGGCGAGCGCUCUGUGAAAGAUGCACUAUUACCGGUAUUCUAAUGCUGAAGUCAGCUGUUGGUAUAAAUACCUGCUCUUCAGUUACAAUAUCAUCUUUUGGUUAGCUGGAGUUGCCUUUCUUGGAGCUGGUCUCUGGGCCUGGAGUGAAAAGGGUAUCUUAUCCGACAUCUCCAAAAUGACCCGCCUCAAUGGCUUUGACCCCGUCGUCCUCGUCUUGCUUGUCGGAGGGGUGAUGUUCAUUCUUGGAUUUGCUGGCUGCAUUGGAGCCUUGCGGGAGAAUAUCUGCCUUCUGAGAUUUUUCUGUGGCACGAUCGUGCUGAUUUUCAUCCUGGAGUUAGUCGUGGCCGUGCUGGCCUUCUUGUUCCAGGACUGGGUGAGGGACCAGGUAGAGACCUUCUUCAAGAACAAUAUUAAGUCGUACCGAGAUGACAUCGACUUGCAGAACCUCAUAGAUUCUUUGCAGAAAAUGAAUCAAUGCUGUGGUGCCCAGGAUCCGAACGACUGGGACUUGAACAUUUACUUCAACUGCAGCAGCAACAGCAAAAGCCGGGAGCGGUGUGGGGUCCCCUUUUCCUGCUGUAUCCCCGACCCUGCGCAAAAAGUUGUGAACACGCAGUGCGGCUACGAUGUAAGAACAAUGCCUAGAUCAAGCUGGGAUGAACGAAUCUUCACCAGGGGCUGCAUCCCUGCCCUGGAAGCCUGGUUGCCCCGGAACAUCUACAUCGUGGCAGGGGUCUUCGUAGCCAUUUCAUUAUUGCAGAUCUUUGGGAUUUUCUUGGCCAGGACUCUGAUUUCGGACAUUGAAGCGGUCAAGGCGGGCUACCAUUUCUAAAGAUGCAAGCGGAGAUCUUCCGUAAAGACCAACCUGUGUUUGCUUGCCUUACAUUGACAACAGAGAGAGAAGAGACCGGAGAACGUAGAAGAGACCCCAAAUGAGCUUUGUGAAGCCAUAAGUAUUUCAUUUUAAAAUACGUAGCUGGAUUCCAUCCCGCUUAGCUGAAAGCCUGAAUGGGAAACGAACCUCUUCUUCACAGCCACCUCUGUGAAUUUUUUUUUUUUAAUGACUGUGAUCUCCUGCAGGAAGAGGACUGAUCUUCAAACCUUCCAUUCUGAGAAUUGAAUUCUCGGAAUUAGCAGGAAUGGCAGCUGCUGAAGAUUCCUUCCUUCCCUGGAGCUUUUCUGUCAUAAGGACUACUGUCUUGUUGAGCAUUUGCAGGAUUGUUUACAUUCCAAAUGUUGAUUGACGCAAAAGAAGUCCCGUGAUGCCAAAUGACCUUUUCCUAAGAAAGGGUGGGUUUUGGGGUGAGGGGGCAGUGGGGGGAGCUUACACGGAUGCCUUUAAGAACUAUUGAAAACUUUUUGUUCAGGGAUUUUUGUUGUGCAUGUGGACAAAUUUGGAGCGUACAGCGUGGGCUUUGUUUGUCAGAGAAAAUUUUGGAGCCAUAGGCAUGUACAGAUUUCGGAAACCUGUGAAAGCUGGGUCUUGCUUUUAAGCCUCCUCUGUACAGGACUAAAGGGUUUCCUCUUUGAGCCAUCUGUAAAAAGUUUCCAUUUUCAGGCACUAAAUUUCUGAAAGGAGAACACUGGAGAUUUUUGUUUGUUUGUUUUAAAGGAUUUUGUACCGUAUUGAAAAUCUUUUUCCUUUACAGAGUUGUACAGAAUCGAUCGGUGCAUUUGUACGUUCGGUAGCAUCAGACUAGUGACCUGUUCGGGAAGGUUGAGGCCGGAUUCUCGUGUUGCGUUUUUCUUCUUUUUUUGAGACUUUUGUAAUCUGUCACUAUUUAUAGCCAGCCGAGCAAGGAAAAAGUGUUUACUUACUGUUUUGCUAAUACUGUUUUACGUAGCAUUAAUUUCUCAAUCAGUUUAUUGGAAGCCACUUGGUUUGCUAGAGGCGGGGAAGCCCCAGUUUCUUGAGAAAUGUCCGUUCUUGACCCUUGAGGCUUGCCCCUAAAGGUGGUUGUUUUUCCAUCUUUUUUAAAAAAUGGCAUCUUAGCCUAAUUAGCCAAACCAAUUGCGGGGUGGGGGCCAGGAAUGCGCCCAAAGUUUCCUAGAUAUUUGCAAGCUAUUAGUUGUAUUUCAGAGUUUGGUGUGAUGUUAGAAUGUGUGCCCUCUUUUGUGGGGCUCUUAAAAAUAUACACACACUUAAUAGUAUGGCUAAUCUUUUUUUCGUUCAGUGUCUCACCAAGGAUUAGACUCAGCCUCAUUGUGGUCUGCAUUAGAACUCAGUUCUUUUCGUUGAAGAUGCCCAGGCGGGUGGGUGAAGGGGAGCUUAUUGUAUUUCACCUUGAGCGAAAUUUGACCUUCCAGAUUCAAGUUUAGUUCCAUACUCCUUGCAAUGAAUUGGAAUUGCCACCUUGGUUUGGCGCCCCCUUCAUGCAUUCCAGUGAACUGCCAUGGUAGAGCAUAAUUUCGGAAAAGAGUGAGCAUUAAUUUGUUUCAGGGUUCCCCUAGGACUGUGGAAUGCAACUGCCAUCCCAUUUUGUGUGUUUUAAAUAGAGGGCAAAUACAGUACCAGUUGGGCGCUUUUUCUUCUGUUCAGGUUGGGCGAGUGGGAAGAACCGGCUUAACUUUCUCCUGGAACUCAACAGGCCUUAAGAAUUCUUAACUUCCGCUUCAUCUUACCCAAACGUCUUACUGCUAAUCAUCAUUUUCCUGCCCAGGAAUGGCAGACUCCAUUGUCUAAUAUGCAUCGCAAAUGCUGUAUUUUUGUAAGCCUGAACCUGUUUGUGUGGGGUUUUUUUUUACCUGCAUGGAAAAUAAUCAGCAACAAAACUUUUUUCUUUU